ACAAGUGUAAAGCAGGUAAUGGAUGAUGCUGGCCAUGGUGACCUAGUGUAAAUGGCUAUUCUUCAGCACAGCAUAGUGUCAGUAUCUACUGCUAGAUCUUCCUCUUCCACUCCCCCCUCCCCUCACCCCUACUCCACCCCUCUGCUUUCUGUGACUGUUCACCGCUGCUGCUUGCUGCCCAGUCCUGCCUCCCCCCUCCAACACCAUGGUAGGUGCAGGCUUGGGCGUGUGGAAGCUAAUGCGAGGAGUCCGCCAGCUGGAGCUUCACCGCCUCAUCCUGGCACUGAUCAUCUUCUGCCUGCUGUCCAUGGCCUUCCUAGCUUACUACGUCUCCAACAGCCCCAAAAUCAAGGAGGCCCCCCCUUUGCCCUUCAGUGACUGUGGAGGAGGAGGGGGGAUGUCACCAGGAGCCAGUACCGGGGCCGCAGGCGGAGGGCCGGGUGUCCAGAGGGCACCUCUCUUCCUUCCCCCGCGCCAAGGCCGACUACGACAGGUGAAGGCGGUGGACAAUUCACGGACAGAGCCUGUGGUUCUGGUGUUCGUAGAGAGCAUCUACUCCCAGCUGGGCCAGGAGAUUGUAGCCAUAUUAGAGUCCAGCCGCUUCCACUACCAGACAGAGAUUGCUCCUGGCAAAGGUGACAUGCCCACGUUGACGGAGCGUAACCGUGGACGCUACACGCUCAUCAUCUAUGAAAAUGUGUUGAAAUACGUCAACCUGGACGCGUGGAACCGGGACUUGCUGGACAAGUACUGUGCUGAGUAUGGAGUAGGUGUCAUUGGCUUCUUCAAAGCCAAUGAAAACUCUCUCCUCAGCGCACAGCUCAAAGGGUUCCCCCUCUUUCUACACUCACACCUGGGACUCAGGGACUACCGCAUCAAUCCAACUGCUCCUCUGCUCUACAUCACCAAGCCCAACCAGGUGGAGCAGGGCUCUUUACCGGGGGAUGACUGGACCAUUUUCCAGUCCAACCACUCCACUUACGAACCCGUGCUUCUGGCCAGCACCAAGUCCGCCGAGGCACUGGCACAUUUUGGAUCUAGUCCCCUGCGGGCCCUCCAUGCGACAGUGGUCCAGGACUUGGGGCUCCAUGAUGGCAUUCAAAGAGUUCUCUUUGGGAACAAUCUAAACUUUUGGCUUCACAAGCUGGUGUUUGUAGAUGCCAUCGCCUAUCUGACAGGGAAGAGACUGUGUUUGUCGUUGGACCGCCACAUCCUGGUGGACGUGGAUGACAUCUUUGUCGGCAAGGAGGGAACCCGGAUGAAGGUGUCAGACGUGGAGGCAUUGCUCAACACUCAAAACAAACUGAGAGCACUAGUCCCUAACUUCACCUUCAACUUGGGAUUUUCCGGAAAGUUUUAUCACACAGGUACUGAUGAGGAGGAUCGGGGAGACGACAUGCUUCUCCAACACAGGAUGGACUUCUGGUGGUUUCCUCACAUGUGGAGCCACAUGCAGCCUCACCUCUUCCACAACGUCAGCGUGUUGGCUGAGCAGAUGAGGCUCAACAAGAUCUUUGCUCAGGAGCACGGCAUCCCGACAGACAUGGGCUAUGCAGUGGCUCCACACCACUCUGGGGUUUACCCGGUUCACAGCCAGCUCUACGAGGCCUGGAAGUCCGUGUGGGGCAUCAAGGUGACCAGCACAGAGGAAUACCCCCAUCUGAGGCCGGCUCGGUACCGCCGCGGCUUCAUCCAUAAUGGGAUCCAGGUGUUGCCCCGGCAGACGUGUGGUCUGUUCACCCACACAAUCUUCUACAAUGAAUACCCAGGAGGCUCAAAGGAGCUGGACAAGAGCAUCAGAGGAGGAGAACUCUUCCUCACUGUCCUCCUCAACCCUAUCAGUAUCUUCAUGACCCACCUGUCAAACUAUGGCAAUGACCGGCUCGGUCUCUACACCUUUGAGUCUUUGGUGAAGUUCGUCCAGUGUUGGACGAACCUCCGGCUGCAGACUUUGCCCCCCGUCCAGCUUGCUGAGAAAUACUUCCAGAUCUUCCCUGAGGAGAGGGACCCGCUCUGGCAGAACCCUUGUCAUGACAAGAGACACAAAGACAUCUGGUCUAAAGAAAAAACCUGUGACCGACUCCCCAAGUUCCUCGUCAUUGGACCACAGAAAACAGGCACUACAGCGCUUCACUCAUUCCUGAGCCUCCACCCAGCGAUCACCAGUUCCUUCCCCAGUCCCACCACCUUCGAGGAGAUCCAGUUCUUUAGUGGAGUAAACUAUGACAACGGGAUCGACUGGUACAUGGACUUCUUCCCAUUCCCUUCUAAUGUCAGCACAGAUUUCAUGUUUGAAAAAAGUGCCAACUACUUUGACACAGAGGUGGCUCCUAAGAGAGCUGCCGCCCUGCUACCUAGAGCCAAGAUCCUGGCAGUGCUCAUCAAUCCAUCGGACAGGGCGUACUCCUGGUACCAGCACCAGAGGGCCCACCAGGACCCCGCAGCCCUCAACAACACUUUCCAUUUAGUGGUGACGGCAGGCCCCUCGGCCCCCAAGGACCUGCUGGCCCUUCAGAGACGCUGCCUUAAUCCCGGGGCCUACGCUACUCACCUGGAGCGCUGGCUGCAACACUACCAACCCAGCCAGUUGCACAUUGUGGACGGGGCCUUGCUGCGGUCCAACCCAGCUCUGGUGAUGGAGGGGAUCCAGAGAUUCCUCGGUGUCACUCCCGUCUUCAACUACACCCAGGCUCUAAUGUACGAUGACAGCAAAGGUUUCUGGUGUCAGCGGGUGGAGGGAGGUCGAGCCAAAUGUCUGGGGAAGAGUAAAGGCAGGAAGUAUCCAGAGAUGAGUCCUGAGUCGCGUGCCUUUCUGGCUGAGUACUACCAUGAGCACAACAUGGAGCUGCUGCGUCUUCUGAAUCGUUUGGGUCAACCGCUGCCGUCCUGGCUCCGCCAAGAACUCCAGAGCACCAGCUGGAGCUGAGGCCACAGGCUCCCAGACAGACAGACUGACAGACAGACACACCACAGAGGAGCCGGGACUGGAGUCUGUGGAUGAGCCAACUCUUGGCUGUGGAUUAGACUGGACUAUCUAAUCUGGAACCAACAGCAGCACACAUUAAAAGAGCUGAUGUUACUGGUGCUCCUGUUCCAUGGCAAAAAGAAGACAGCAUGAGAUCUUUGUGAAGGUGCUGGUCCCUGCUGAAGAAGGAUCCCAGUGCACCCUCCCUCCAGAUCGUGACUUGUUGCCAACCUGCUGCUCACACCGGGCAGCCGUCAGCCUCAGCUGGUGUGUGUGUGUGGGACGACGUCAGUUUGCUGUGGAUCCAGAGGGACUGGCUGACCAGCAGGUUUCAGACCGCCUUAACGUGAGGAGAGAAACUCACAGGAUGAGACCAUGCAGAUGUGGAGUGUGUGACUGGACACAGGACUAACAUGCACACACACACACACACACACACACACACGUCUCAUCUCUCCACAUGAUGAUUGUAAAGCAGUCUAUUUUCAAAAGCAAUUGUAUAUGUUAGGUUUGAGGGGGAGCAGACUGACCGGCAGCCUGAAACAGACAGUUCAGACAGACAGUUCUCUGUUACACACACAUCUACCUGCAGGUAGGAGCAGCAGUCAGGCUGCUUCGUCACCUUCUCUCCUCACAGUCUGUUCACUGUAGAAACAGACCUGUUAAAAUUGAUUGAGUUAAUAUGAUGAUUGUUCAGUGUAUUUAUCAUGUUUAGAUUUGGUCCAGGCUGUGCCCACACCAACAUCCUGUCAGCGAGCAGCUCAUUACACCUACUCUCAGAUGACGACCUGUUCUCCACAGCAGCUACAGUCUCCUUCCAUCCUCCAGCCUUCAUUUCUUUAAUUCACCAUCCAUGUUCAGAGGAACGCAGCGAGCCACACGACGCACUGUUGUGUAACAGUGAUGCUGUAGGACGUGAUCUUCAGAUAUUUGACUUGGUACAUGAUGUCAGUGUGAAAGCCGAGGUUUCACCUCAGCUCUUCAGAAUGUAGUGAGCUGUGUUGGUGACAUUCAGUAACAGUCGUUAGUGUUUUUUUCACGGCUCUGGCUGGAGACUUGAAAUAGCUGCUGAUGCUCAUGGGUACUGUAGUAUUAAGAGUCGUUGUACAUACAAUGAGACAGAGUUGUUAUUUACAACUGUAGCUACUUUCCAAGAGACUCGUGUGUUUUUAGUGCUGAGGACCAUUAUUAUUAUUAUUAAUUGGAAAUGAUUCACUUCUUUUAUUUAAUCAUCACUCAGAAAGUGUUUUCACCAUUUGAAUAGUGAUAAUUAGUGAAGCAGCUGUUGACACUGAUUCUGACACGAUGUGAUCAUGAGGCACAAACCUGGACCAGAGCUAUUUCAGACCUGGUGUGGGUGGAUUGUGUUUGACUGUGAGAGGGCGACCUCAGUCAGUGAGAGCUGCACUCUGGGUAAAAUAAACCCCAUCACAUGUCAGAUAUCCUCAAAAACCAAAACACACACA